GACUGGGUGUAGUUGGAGGUGGGGGUGAGGGUGGCAGACUGGGUGAGGUUGGCGGUGGGGAUGAGGGCGUUGGUGAUAGAAUGGGUGAGAGUGUGGGAGACAGAGAGGAUGGCGGUGGACGUGAGGGUGGCAGUGGGAGUGUUGGCGAUAGACUGGGUGAGGGAGUGGGUGGCAGGGUCGGUGAGGAUGGCAGUGAGAGUGUUGAGAAUAGAGUGGGUGGCAGGAUAUCACCUGAGGCAUGUCCACGUGGCCACAUUGAGAGUCUGGAGUUAAGGCAGUGCCAGGUGGACUGUCUGAGAGUUCUGCUCUGUGCCCUGCCCUCCUGGAGCUCCUUGAGGUCCCUCACUCUGCACAGCUAUACCUUGUUCUCACAAUCUGCUGUUGUGGAGCUGAGCCGUGCCUUACAGGAGCAGAGCAGGGCAGGUGGAGGUGUGACCCAGCUCAGUAUCAGCACUCUCCCCUGCCCAUCUUUGUUGGAGCAGCUGCUGGAGGCCUGCCCCCGGCUGCUGUCCUUCUCUGUGGAGGUCCACAGCAUUGUGGGGCCCUCUGGGGCCCGGGGACUGUCCCUGCCACAGAACCACUUCCAGUUCCCCCUCCAGAAGCUGAGUGUGAGCCUGAACCAGCAGCUCUUCCCUCGGCUGCUGCUGCCCUCUCUUCUCCAGUGCUGUCCCCAGCUCUGCUCCCUGCAUGUCUGUGGGCUCAGGCUGCAGACUGGAGCCUCCUAUGGCCAGCUCAUCACCUCUCUGACAGAGUGCUGUGGGGGUCUGCGCUGCCUUUCCCUGGAGGAUGUGAACCUGUCCGACUGUUUGGAGCACAUCCUUCUGCUGCUCAGACACUGCCAGCUGCAUGAACUGUGCCUGAAGGACUGUCGGCUGAUGGAAAAAUGGAACAACAAAGAGGACAGUUUACAGAGGCUGAUCACUGCUUUGGCUGCCCACAACACUCUGCAAUCUCUGAGCCUGGCACACAACCGCAUCGCCAGACAUGUCCCAGUGCUGGCUCAGCUCUUCUCUGCCCCCCGCAGUGUCCUGCAGAGACUGGACCUCAGGCUGGAGUGGGUGGAGAUCAUCGAGCCCCGCACUCGGGAGCGCAUGUAUGCUAACCUUUUGACGGGCGAGUGCGUGUGGGACCCUCCCCAGGGGGUUCGCAUCAAGCGCACUGGGGACAACCAGUGGUGGGAGCUGUUUGACCCCAACACGUCCCGCUUCUACUACUACAACGCCUCUAGCCAGCGCACUGUGUGGCACCGGCCACAGGCCUGUGAUAUCAUCCCCCUGGCCAAGCUGCAGACCCUUAAACAACACACGGACGCCUCCAGCCCCCCUCAGCCUGGGGAACAGCCCGGAGAACAGCCUGGAGAGCAGCCCUCUGCUCACAACAGCCCAGGGAGGAACAGCGCUGUGAGCCAGGAGGGCAGCACCUCCUCUUCUGUGGACCAGGAGAGCUCCGACAAGCCGAGCUCCAGAGAUGGGCCUGACAGAGUUUCUCCUUUUAGGUGGAAUACAGGUACAAAAGAGCGCAUGCUGAUCAAAGUGACGGACCGUGAGCCCAGCUUCUUGGCCCACCAGGACAAUGGCUACUCCUCCAGUGAGCCCCCCCCGACCGGCCGGACACGCCGCUCUUCAGGGGGAAACUCUUCUGAACCUGAUGGCUCCGUGGUCAUCUACUCAGACAGACGCCAGUCUCCAUUCCUGAAACGAGCCGAGCUGGGUGGGACUGGCACCAACCGCCGCUCCUCUGCUGACUCCCAGCCUCCUUCUCCUCGCUAUGCCUAUGAGCCUCCCCUAUACGAAGAGCCACCCUCCGAGUACCAGCCCCCUCCCAUCUACGAGGAGCCCCCCGCGGACAUGCAGCUGUCUGACUCCUCCUCCAUGUACGGCUCCAAGUCUCCGGCUCGCAAAAGCCCUGUGCCCUUGUAUCACUCCCCAAAGCAGUCCCCCUAUGGCCAGCUGGUCCUGACCCGGCAGAAGUGUCCCGAGAAGGCCCAGAGUCUGGAGUACAGCCCUGUGGGUAAGGAGUACGUCAAGCAGCUGGUGUAUGUAGAGCAGUCCACAUCCAGCCCGCGCUUUCGCACUGCAGAUCGCCUGCUUCGCUAUGGCACUUCUGGAGGCUAUGGUGGCUCUUAUGGGGGCUCCUAUGGGGGCUCCUUCACCCUGCAGCACAGCCAGUCUCUGAUCAGGGACCCACGACUGCUCCUGGACUACAGCGGGGAGGGUGGGGAUGCUCAGAAGCUCCUGUAUGAGGACUCCAUCUCAUGGUCGUCCAGCCAAACACACACCAUAUCCUCCUCUACCAUCGGCCCCAGACCCUUCUCUCCAGGUGGGAACCGCAAACGCAAGAGCCGCAAACCCUCCCUGCCCCAGGAGCUGGCCCGCUGCGGGACAGAAGGAGAGGGGGUUUCUCCAUCAGAGGCCAUGCUGGCACAGGCUCGGCUUGCCUGGGAGGCUCAGCAGGUGAUGAAGCAGAGGAGCAGCUGGGACUCAGGGCAGGUGGGGGGCUCUAAGGAUGGCUAUGAGAGUGACGGGGCCGUGCCUCUGCCUUUGCCCGGGCCUGUGGUCAGGGCUUUCAGUGAGGACGAGGGCCUGGCUCAGACUGAGCAUCACUGGAAGAGGAGUACCUUCGACCGUCUGGGCUUUCCCCAAGCCCUGCUGGAGAAGAGCCUGUCUGUCCAGACCAACCUGGCCUCUCCAGAGCCCUACCUCCACCCGUCCCAGUCAGAAGACCUGGGAGCCUGUGCCCAGUUUGAGGCCAGUCGGAAUGCCAGGAAUAUGAUGCCCAGUGCCAGCUGUGGGGUCUUCCCAGAAUUCUCCCUCAGAAAGCCCUCCUCAGAGACAGACAUCGAGAACUGGGCCUCCAAACACUUCAACAAACAUACACAGGGUCUGUUCCGGAGGAAAGUGUCCAUAGCCAACAUGCUGGCCUGGAGCAGUGAGCCCAUCAAGAAGCCCAUGAUUGUGACAUCAGACCGCACUGUGAAGAAGGAAGCUGUGGAGAUCUUCAAACUCAUCCAGACCUUCAUGGGAGACCGACGCUGCAAGGCUGACCCCCUCAGUGUGGCUCUGGAGGUGGUGGUGCGCGGCUGGAGUAACCAGGGCCUGCGCGACGAGCUGUACAUCCAGCUGUGUCGUCAGACUACAGAGAACUUCCGCUACGACAGCCUGGAGCGUGGUUGGGAGCUCAUGGCCAUCUGCCUGGCCUUCUUCCCCCCCACACCCCGCUUCCACAACUACCUGGAGGGCUACAUCCAGAGGCACAUGGACCCGCUCAAUGACAACAAGGGAGUGGCCAUCAGCAGCUAUGCCAAAUAUUGCUACAGAAAGCUGACCAAGGCUGCUCUGACUGGAGCCAAGAAGGGUCUGCAGAAGCCCUGUCUGGAUGAGAUCAGACACGCUCAGAAGGCCAUCUUUAGCCCCUCCAUGUUUGGUUCGUCUCUGGAGGAGGUCAUGGCUCUGCAGAAGGAGCGCUAUCCUGACCAUCAGCUCCCAUGGGUGCAGACCCGCCUCUCAGAGGAGGUUCUGGGGCUCAAUGGAGACCAAACAGAGGGCAUCUUCAGAGUUCCUGGGGACAUUGAUGAGGUGAAUGCUCUGAAGCUACAGGUGGACCAGUGGAAGAUCCCCACAGGCCUGGAGGAUCCUCACAUUCCAGCGUCUCUGCUGAAGCUGUGGUACCGUGAGCUGGAGGAGCCACUCAUCCCUCACGAGUUCUAUGACGAGUGCAUCCGUCACUAUGACAACCCAGAGGCCGCCGUCACCGUGGUGCUGGGCCUACCACACAUCAACAAGCUGGUGUUGUGCUACCUCAUCCGCUUCCUCCAGGUGUUCGCCCAGCCUGCCAAUGUAACCAUCACCAAGAUGGACGUGAACAACCUGGCCAUGGUCAUGGCCCCCAACUGUCUCCGCUGCCAGUCUGAUGACCCUCGCAUCAUCUUUGAGAAUACCCGCAAGGAGAUGUCCUUCAUCCGCCUGCUCAUCCAGCGCCUGGACACCAGCUUUAUGGACGGCAUUCUAUAGCGCCCUCGUUCUCCCUGUCCCUCCCUGAUCCACUCUUUGGCCCUCUCUCCGGCCCUCUCUCGGGCCCCUUUGGCCGUCCUGGCCCUCUCUCCGGUCCCUUUGAUUUUCCUGGUCCUUUCCUUGGUUUCAUUUGGUCCGUUCUCCACACCCUCUGGUUCUCAUGGUCCUCUCACCGGUCCAUUGGCUCCUCCUGGCCCUCUCUCUGACCCCUUUGGUCCUCUCUCUGACCCCUUUGGUCCUUUCUCUGACCCCUCCGGUCCUCCUGGCCCACUCUUCGGCCCCUUUCGUCCCUCUGGUCCCUGCGCUUCCUUCUACAGCCUCUGCCUCAGCUCAGACUCUGCCUGUGUGCCCUUCCGCACAGUAAACAGUUGCGUUCUUUGUCUCAUAGUGCGUUCCUGUCUGUCUCUGUCCAAUACUGAUCCAAGCAGGGACACCCAUGCUUCAUCACCCAUGGCUUUUGUAAGGGUAGACACGAUCAGGGCUCCUCCCACAUGCACAUUGAAAAGGAUCGUGUCUGUUUUUUAUUACAAUGUACUCGGAUGAACUAAUUUAUAAAGCCCAUCUACAGACCUGCCCUGUCCACUACACACACACUCACACUUUCUGUUCACUGCCAGCACCUACAGUACAGGAUGGGCACCACAAUGUCAGCUGAGGAUCUCCUACCUUCCCUUGUGUUUUUCAUGUUUAGUGCCUGCUCAGAGUGCGUGCAGGUCAGACCCCCUCCUCUACACAAAACACACACACACACACACACAUCCCUAGACUGAAUGUUCUAUGAAGCCGUCCCUUUUCACUGUCAAUAUAUGUUCCCCAAGUCUUUGAUACAUUUGCUAAGAGGCACUCGUUGCUCUUUGGAAGUAUUCUUUUUAGGAGACUUUAUUUAUUAAUAUUUAUUUCCUGUCAGUAAUGCCUUGUUGAGAUAUGUAUUGUAGUGUGCGUUUUUACAGCACAUAUAUUGUGUACAAAGGCAUGGAUGAGUGCGUGCCUGAGUCUACUGACAUUAAAUGGUUGAAUGUGUUAUUGGUGCAAUGAUGGUACACUAACAUGGACGGAGGAUGAGGGGCUCUUCUGGAAGCCCUCAGCUCAUCCAUGGAAAGGCCCUGUGUGUACGGAGUGUGGGGCCGCAUGGAGCGUGAGGCUGUGGUUCCCGGGAGCAUGUGUCUUGUACUGUUUCUGUGACUCGUUAAACUGACUGUGAACGGUGCAUCUAACACCCUUUAUCACCACAUGUGUCCCUCACAGCUCUGCCUUCGCUCUCUGACUGAACAUACCCGUGGGUCUUCAAAGUGCCCGGGACUCUCGUGGGCAGACAUUUUCUGCUUUGUUUUCUAUCGUGAUGUUGUGGUGUGUAAACCAAGCUGUCUGUGGAACUGUGUCUCCAGGCUUCAACUGGCGACUAUUAAGUCUAAUCUGAAAAGUGAGAAAGGAAUCCUGUUUAUAAUGUCACAUCCAUGUAUGCCAUAGAAGCAAUUGUUGAUACUGCCAUUGCAUUUUUACAAGUGCUCAUACAUAUAGGUCCUGGGGUCUCAUUUAUACAGCGUACUGAAAUGUUAUGUGUGAUUUUUCCAAUCUUACAAACAUGAAAAACAGAAGUAGUCAAUUUUAAAUGUUUAGCAGUUGUCACUGUCUCACUUACCUUGUGCAUUCUGAGCAUCCAAAUUAUUCACCGCAAUGACUUUAUAAGUGCUUUCCAUAACUUUCAGAGGCCAGAGUGCAGUUAAGCAAUCACAGUAAAGCUGCCAGCUAUCAGGCUAACUGUGCACUUCCUGAUUAAUGGACAAUAAAAUUCUUUAUACUUAAGAUGUGGGGCUGGGCAGUUAAACAAUUGACCUUGCAGGGUUAUUGUGCAAUUAAACUAUUGCUACUGUAAACAAACAAACAAACAAAAAAGCUCAGUAAGGCAGUUCAUAAUGUCUUAAAUAAUAGAAUGUGAUAAGAAUAAAAAUGUAAAGAACUUCGCCUGUUUGAAAAAGUCCCUGCUCUGACUUCCAUUAAAAUCCAUUCCAAUCAUAAUCGUCCAGAUUGUGCCAAAUAAUUGGGAUAUUAUUUUUUGGCUGUAUCAUCCAGGCCUAUUAAGAUGCAGGAAGGACACAUCUGUACUGGGAUAGGACACAUUUUGAUUAAUAGUGGAAAAAAAAACAAGUACAGUAUGGAAAAGUUUUAUAAAUGAGAUCCCCUAGAGCUUGUCUGGUGUUCCAUGAAAGUCAUCGAGCACAAAUUGAACUCACACUUUGACACUAAAAUGGAAAUGUAAAACACUAGUGCUUGGUGCCUCUGAAGUGUCCAGGUAAUGACUUGUAGAAUACAAGUGUUUAAAAGAUUCUAUCCUGAAGAUUUUUGGACCAUCUGAGGCCUGAUGUUGGAAGCCCACUUAAGGUCUAGUUCAGGGUAGAUAGGUUUGAGCAAACUCAGAGUUGAUGGUACCAUGGUAACAGACCUUCACUGUUCUGCCCAUAAUGAAAUUCAAAGACCCACAUUGGCAUGUGAACUGCAGUUAGGCCUGGCGCCAGAACACAUUUUGACAAGCAUGAUUUUCACUUACAGUCCAGGAUGGGCACCACAAUGUCAGCUGAGUAUCUCCUACCUUCUCUUGUGUUCUUCAUGUUUAGUGUCUGCGCAGAGUGCGUGCAGGUCAGACCCCCUCCCCUACACAAACACACAUGCAUACACAUCUCUAGACUGAAUGUUCUAUGAAGCUGUCCCUUUUUUUACUGUUAUCAAUAACUA